CGGUUGGAUAGGAUGAAGAAGAGUAACCCGCGUGGGAACCGCACGGAUUAGUUUACACCGGCGAACUCCGCUCUUUUUACUCUUUACAAUUGUCGUCACAUUCUGCUCGCUGGAUAACAUUAGCCGCACGCGCGCAAAAUCCGAACAUCUAUUUCCCUUAUCCGCGCUCUGUGACGCCUCCUCGCUGUCAUGUAGGGGCUCCAUGUGAACGUAGGAUAUGUUGACCGAUGGGAAACAAACAGAGGGUCACUCUCGGUGUGAGGAGGCAACGUGAAGAGGAUCUGCUGUGUUUACAAGGAACGAAUCAAUUUGGAAAAGAAACGGAGCAAAUAGUGACAGCACUCUCGGAAAAGUUGAGUUCCAGCUGCAGGGGAGCAGGUCGAAACGCUUAUCAUAUACAGGGAACACUGAGUGUUGCGCGUGACUACUAUCGGGUCUGAAUAAACCGUUUACACCUGCCUCCGGGGACAUUAAGAAAUCAAACCGGACAGAAGAAUAUUUACCGAGGACAUGGUGUAAAUUUGAAUCCCUAAAUAAUAAGGAUAUAUCGCCUGUAUUAAUAAUAACUCAUCUGGAAACUGGGCAUGAGGCAUCGACUCAAAUGCGCGCAAAAUUCCCCCGUUUAUUUCCAGUUGUAGGUGCUGCCCUGGCCAUCCUUGGGGUGCAUAUCUGUUGUUUUUCAAACAGGUCUGUCACCCCGAAGCAGAGCAUCCGGACAGCUGCACCUGGAGUAAAGGAGCGCUGUGCUGUUUGAAGGUUUCUGUAGAAAAACACAGGAGCAAUGAGUCGCAUCCUCCAUCCACAGGUGUUCACCAUCUGGAUUACACUAAUCUCCAGGGCAACAGCUGACCUGACCUGCGAAGCUCUGCUCCUGCUCUCCUUAAAUCCUACAGCUCGCACCUUGAUCCUGUGGAAUCAGACGUCUAGUCCCACCAACUCUACAGGAUUGUUCUGUAACACUUCGAUUGAUGGCAUUGGGACCUGCUGGCCCAGGAGCAGUGCUGGAGAAGUGGUGUCCCGUCCCUGUCCGGAGACCUUCCUUGGAGUCCGAUACAACACCACCAAUAACGUGUACAGAGAAUGUCUUGCCAAUGGAACCUGGGCAAAGAAGGGAAACUACUCCCAAUGUCAGGAAAUCCUCAAUGAGGAGAAGAAGAGCAAGCUGCAUUACCACAUUGCAGUCAUCAUAAACUACCUGGGACACUGUAUCUCUCUGGGAGCCCUGCUGAUCGCCUUCAUCCUCUUCAUGAGGCUCAGGAGUAUUCGGUGUCUGAGAAAUAUCAUCCACUGGAACCUGAUUACAGCAUUUAUCCUGCGAAAUGCCACCUGGUUCGUGGUGCAACUCACCAUGAACCCAGAGGUGCAUGAGAGUAAUGUGAUCUGGUGCAGGCUGGUCACAGCAGCAUAUAAUUAUUUCCAUGUGACCAACUUCUUCUGGAUGUUUGGUGAGGGCUGCUAUCUGCACACAGCCAUAGUACUGACAUACUCCACCGACAAACUGAGGAAAUGGAUGUUUAUCUGUAUAGGCUGGUGUAUUCCAUUCCCCAUUAUAGUCGCAUGGGCCAUUGGCAAGCUGUACUAUGACAAUGAAAAGUGCUGGUUUGGGAAGCGAGCCGGCAUUUACACUGAUUAUAUUUAUCAGGGUCCCAUGAUCCUGGUUCUACUGAUUAACUUCAUUUUUCUCUUCAACAUUGUGAGGAUCCUGAUGACUAAACUGAGGGCCUCCACCACCUCAGAGACCAUUCAGUACAGGAAAGCAGUAAAGGCCACACUGGUUCUUCUGCCACUGCUGGGCAUCACAUACAUGCUGUUCUUCGUCAACCCUGGUGAGGAUGAAAUCUCACAAAUUGUCUUCAUCUACUUCAACUCUUUCCUAGAGUCCUUUCAGGGUUUUUUUGUGUCAGUGUUCUACUGCUUUUUGAACAGUGAGGUACGUUCAGCUGUUCGUAAGCGGUGGCAUCGCUGGCAGGAUAAGCACUCCAUUCGGGCGCGGGUGGCACGGGCCAUGUCUAUUCCCACCUCUCCAACACGGGUCAGUUUCCACAGCAUCAAGCAGUCGUCGGCCAUCUGACCAUAACUGAAGCAAAGCAUCCGUCCCCGUUUCUUCUGCUCCUGCUCUUUUGUCCUCAGCUAACCAUCCAUAUCCUCUACAAGACCCAGGGAUAACAGCUAUGGGCCAAACAGGGUAUGAUCCUCAGCUGAAACACAGAUGAAAGGUGGAAAUGUACACAGAUUAUGAGGUCCACCUGCCAAACGCAGAGGAAAAAACUGUGUCAGAAAGAGAUUAGAACAUUGGUGUUCUCAGACUGCGACUGUGGGAGGAACCUGACACACACAAAAAGAGUGUAUUUAUUCAAUAGACAAUAGAGUUAAAUGUUGCAUCCUCUCCUCCUGAUCUUGAGUCUUCUCUGAUUGGAGAGCUCAUUUUAUUCCUAACUUGUUUCCAGAACUACUGGAGUUGGAUUAAAUGGAAUAUACACUACAUGUCCAAAAGUAUUGUGAUUGUGAGCCACACACGCAUCCGAAUGGGAUCAAAUCCAUAUUCCAACAUCAACUGGAAACUUUCACAAAAAAGUGAAAGCUGUUAGGUAGAAUAAGCUUCUUAUUAAUGGCAAUAGUUUUGAAAUUAAUUGAUUAGAAAUCACAUAUGGGUUCAGUGUUCAUGUGUCCUGAAUCUUUUGGCCAUAAAAUGCAGUACUUUUAUGAGUUUAAAACAAAAUUAUAUAAGCGGAGGGGAAAGAAAGAACAGCAGUUUUCCAAUCAGAAAACAAACAAUAUCUUUGACAGAUCUCAAUAUGAACUUUCAUUAUUGUUAUUGAAUCUUUUAACUGGAUUCAUAGGAGGCAAAUGUAUGGUGUUUUCUCCGAGAUGUUCAGGUUGUGACCCUUAUACUUUUUCUUACUCUUCACUCGCUGCUCUCCAUUGCCCACUUCAUUACAGCUAGUUAUAGUUCCCUCUGAUUGUCAUAAUUCCUGUGAGCAAAUUCAUUCGACUUAGACACUUUUUGCUUUGAUAUGAUGAGUGCAUCUAUUCCUCUGUACAUCAUGCAGUGUGAGAGUGAAAACUGUAAACAGUUUUUAGAAAGAUGAAAGGUAUGUGUUAAUACUCUCUAAGCCUGUUUGCAUCCUGGGACACAAGGAUAUAUCUAAACCCCGGGGGAAAAGAGGAAGGAAGCUCACAGGAAAGGAAACAACAUCAUGAAAGGCUAAGGUAGAAGACUAAACACAUGACACAAUCUUUUAAAUAAGGGGUUUAUUACAGAACAAAGAAAGGAUUUUGAUUUUAUCCUGAGCCUCGACUAAGCGUGCGAUUGAAUGUAUUUCAAUUAACCACUCCAGCUCUCCUUUCCAUGCAAAGCUUGAUAUCAAUUCCCACUUUUACGAGAUGAUCAUUGUACGAAAUACUUGCGAAUUUGGAUUCUGGAGACUUUGCCAAAAAGACUCAUUCUAACCACAUGCGACUGGAUGUUGUGGGUAGUUUUUGUUGCCCAAGAGCCUUAUAGUGAUAGUUCACCCAAAAAUGACAAUUCCGUCAUCGUUUACUCAUGUUGAUGCAAAAUAGUAUAACUUUAUUACUUCCAAUAAUAAAGUUAUUGAACAAUAAAUAAGUUGGAGGGGAAGAAAGGAGAAAUUUUAAAGAAUCUUAAAUAUUUGGUCAGCUGAUUCACUGAAAAGAUUGAACAAAAAAAUUAUCAGUUCACAAAUGUGAAUGAAUUUGUGCUUCAAGGAACAUUGAAUUUCCAGUGGGCUCAUAACAUCAUGAGGGUGAGUAAAUGAUGACAGUUUUCAUUUUGGGUGAACUAUCCCUUUUCAAAAUGUCAUGUCAUAGCGCAUUUUUGUGUUUUCAAGGACCAGCUUGUCAAUUCAAAUCCCAACAGAUUCAGGCAAGAAUAAUUACCUCAGAAAAUCUGCUUCUAUAUCAUUAGAGUCAAGAGAGAUCUGAAUACCUAACACCGGGUAAUUUAACCUCCAUCCAUGUGUUAAAACCCUUGCUAAGCUGAGCCGCCAAUGACCGAGUCCUGUGACCGCUCACUGCUGAUUCAGCACAGUAAAGCAGAUUUAGCUUCUGUUCUCAUACAUUCAAUCAAUCACAUCUGAUAGGGAGAAAAUGGUUGUUUAAAAAAAAAAAACCUGACUCAGGACCUUUGUCUAUGCCUCUGUGCUCUUCAGCAGAUUCCACAUUCAGUCAUGUUUGUUGUGUACAUGUCCAGUAGCAGCAUAUAUUUAAGUUAAACAUAAACUAAAACUCAAGGUUUGUUUUAGUGUCGCUACAAAGUUUAGGACUUAGGCUUUGUACAGUGAAAUCUGAUCUGUUUGUUCUGAAAAUGUAGUAAAUAUCCGGAUGCCAGCAGUUGUUAGUGGAAAGAGGUAGAAAUUUGGCCUCUGCUCACAUCUGUCAUGACAUCUUGCCACUGUGCUGAACUCACACAAGAUGAAUGAGAAAACAUUAGUGAUGGGCAUUUUAGCCAUACAUGCAUAUUCUGUGUACAAAAC